UCAAAGCUCAGAAUUCAAAACACAACCACACAUCGACAAACCAAUAUUUUCACAAAAUGAGAUUCCACAAAAGUCUCUCAGUUUUGUCCAUCCUAUGGAUCACCACCCUUUGCUUUGCUCCAUCAACCAUCAAUGCAGCCAGAUUCGAUAUCCGAAACAACUGCCCCUUCACUGUCUGGGCCGCCGCGGUGCCAGGCGGCGGCAGGCAGCUUAACGGGGGAGAAUCUUGGCCCCUAGACGUGAACGCGGGCACUACAGGAGGCCGCGUUUGGGCACGAACUGGAUGCAACUUUGAUGCAUCCGGACAUGGCAGCUGUCAGACCGGUGACUGUGGCGGCCUCCUCGAAUGCCAAGCCUACGGUCAACCCCCAAACACCCUAGCCGAAUUUGGGCUUAACCAGUUCAACAACUUGGAUUUCAUCGACAUCUCCCUCGUCGAUGGGUUUAAUGUCGCCAUGGACUUUAGUCCCACUUCUCCUUGCGAGCGUGGGAUCCAGUGUACAGCAGAUAUCAACGGGCAGUGUCCUAAUGAGCUGAAAGCUCCAGGUGGCUGUAACAAUCCCUGUACUGUGUUCAAGACUGAUGAGUACUGCUGCAAUUCUGGGAGCUGCGGUCCCACGGAUUUCUCUAGGUUUUUCAAGGAGCGUUGCCCGGAUGCUUACAGUUACCCUAAGGAUGAUGCAACCAGCACUUUUACUUGCCCUGGUGGGACUAACUACAAGGUUGUGUUCUGCCCAUAGAUCUUCGCUAUAGUUAAGAACAAGAUGUUUGGGAUUGAAUAAAUUGAAGUUUGAGUGCUUGGGAGCACAAGUAAUGGUGUGCAUUAUGUAACUCACAGCUUAUUGAGUGAGUAGUAAUAAAUAAUAAUAACCAUUCAACUUCA